AUGACUUUCUACCCUACGGAGAAGGCAAUGCAACAAUCCCCCAAAGGUGAUGAUCUGGUUAUAGAUGCACUAAAGGAUAUGGACAUUGCGGGUAUUGGCGAGAAAGAUCAACAUGCUAUGACGAUGGAUUGUGAUGAAGAUGAUUUGUUGGGAGCGGAACUGGAGAUGAUGGAAGGUGUGGAAUGCGUUCCAGAAUCAUCAUCACGCUCUGCUGCUAGGAUGGAUCGCCCAAGAGCUCGGUCCUCAAGGAGUCGUUCAAGAAGUAGAGUUCCGCUGGAAAGACGUGACGAAGUUUGGGAGCGUCUUACGCGCUUCUCAACAACAAGAAAUGGACCUUGGUUCUUGAUUGGAGAUUUUAAUGAAAUAAUAUGUCACAAUGAGAAAGAAGGAGGAAGACGACGCCCUGAUAGUUCAUUCCUCCCUUUUAAGCAGAUGCUUCAUGAUUGUGGGAUGCUAGAGUUUCCUUUCACGGGGGACAUGCUCUCUUGGAUGGGGAAGCGAGCAGGCGGAUCAACUGUUCGAUGUCGCUUAGACAGAGCAGUAGGAAAUGCAGAUUGGCAUGAAAAGUUUCCCCACUCGGCGGUGAAGUAUAUGCGGUUAUGGGGAUCGGAUCAUCGUCCGAUUCUGGCAGACAUUCUUAUAAAGCCGAUGAGAAGAUCAAAAAAGUUCAAGUUUGACAAAAGAUGGCUGGAUAAUGAGGAGCUAAGGCAAGUUAUCCUUGAGGGAUGGAAAUCUCCUGAUCUUCCUACCAAUGCAACGAUUAUGGAACAUAUUUCCAGUUGCAGAAAAGCUUUGAAUGAUAAUGCCACAACUGAAGAAAUUGCAGCAGCUUUGAAGGAACUCUCUGAUGCUCUUAAAGCCGAAGAAAUGUUCUGGAAACAGAAAAGUCGGGUGUUCUGGCUGAGAGAAGGAGAUAGAAACACAAAAUUCUUUCAUGCCUUGACAAAGCAGAGAAGGGCAAGAAAUAAGAUCACACAGCUCUUAGAUGAGAAUGAGAAUAUUGUUGAGGAUGAAGAAGGACUAGUUGCCAUUGCUACUAGUUACUUUAGACAGAUUUUUGAAUCAUCAAAUCCAGAGGACAUUGAAGAGGCGCUAGCUCAAGUUCCUUCCACGAUCACUGGUGCAAUGAAUGACAAUCUUAUCGCCCCGGUCACUGAAUGGGAGGUCAAAUUAACGCUUUUUGCUAUGCAUCCAGAAAAGGCCCCUGGACCAGAUGGGAUGACUGCGCUUUUCUAUCAAAAAUUUUGGGAUAUAGUAAAGGAGGAUUUAACUCUUAUGGUUAAUCAAUUCCUUUUUGAGGGAACAAUGGCGAGUGGACUGAAUGAUACAAAUAUAUGCCUCAUCCCGAAGAUAACAAAGCCUAAUGUGAUGGCUCAGUUCAGGCCCAUUAGUUUGUGUAACGUCAGCUACAAGAUAAUCUCUAAGUCAGCCUUUGUUGCUGGGAGACAGAUCUCAGACAACAUUAUGAUCGCACAAGAGAUGUUCCACGCUCUGAGGACUAAACCAAGUGGGCGCAAUAAGAGGAUGGCCAUUAAAACUGACAUGAGCAAAGCAUAUGAUAGGAUGGAAUGGUAUUUUAUCGAAGCUGUCAUGCGCAAGAUGGGCUUCUCAGAAAUUUGGAUCGCCUGGAUAAUGAGAUGCAUUUCGUCGGUGAAAUAUAAGCGGAUUACUGCAACAAGUAGACAAGAGAUUAAAGAUGUGUUGGGAAUUCAAAACGAAGGUGGAAUGGGUACUUAUCUAGGGAUCCCGGAAGACAUCAGUGGCUCUAAGUGCAAACUUUUUGCGUUUUUGAAGGAUAAGCUGAUGCAUAGAGUGAACGGAUGGACAAGUAGAUGGCUCUCAAAAGGAGGAAAAGAAGUGUUGAUUAAAUCUAUUCUUCUAGCUCUUCCGACAUACGUAAUGUCUACUUUCCUGCUCCCUUUGGAGAUAUGUGAAAACCUUGCAAGUGCCAUUGCUAAAUUCUGGUGGAGUUCAAACCCACCAAAAAGAGGGAUCCAAUGGGCGAAAUGGGAAAAAAGACUAGUUCAAUUCCCAGACUCAUUGGUGGCCAGGGUUCUAAGGGGAAGAUACUACAAGAUGAGCUCACCUCUCAGAGUAAUCUCUGCUAGUAACCCAUCGUACGUGUGGUCUAGCAUUAGUGCUGCGCGAAAGUUGCUUCUAACGGGAAUUAGACAGAAGAUACAUUUAGGCUAUGAAGUCAAGGUAUGGGAAGAUCCAUGGAUUCCAACGAACCCAGCAAGACCAGCUCUCCCUAUAGCGCCGGUAAUGCAUCCUAGUAUGAGAGUUAGUGAUUUCAUUGAUCCGGAAACGAAAGAGUGGGAUGUUGGUCUUUUGGAGAGUUAUGUCAAUCUAGAGGACAUACCACUUAUAAGGAGUUUGGCCAUAAGUUCAGCACAUCGUCGUGAUACAUUUUGUUGGAAUUACACAAGGAAUGGCCAAUACACGGUUAAAUCUGGAUAUUGGGUGGCUCAUAAUGUGUUAAUGACAGAGGGGGAAAAGGAAGUCCUAGAACCGAGUAUCACAAAGCUUCAAGCCUUUGCUUGGAAGAUAAAAGCACCUUCGAAGAUAUGUCAUCUUAUAUGGCAGCUAUUAACUGGUUAUGUGGCAGUAACGAGGAAUUUAGCAAGACGUAAUAUGAGAUGUGAUAACUACUGCCCAAGAUGUGGAGAGCUAGAAGAAUCUGUAACACAUGCUAUUUUCGAGUGUCCGCCAGCUCUACAAGUCUGGUCCUUAUCAUCAACUCCGUCUAGCCCAGGUCUAUUUCCAGUACCAAGUAUUUACGCAAAUAUGGAUUACCUAUUUUGGAGAAAAAACAGCAUUAUCGAGCCGGAGCAGGACAGAGAUCCUUAUCCUUGGAUAAUUUGGUACAUUUGGAAGGCUAGGAACGAUAAACUUUUCAGGGGAAUAGACAGAGAUCCUUUGGAGCUGGUUCGACAUGCAGAAAGUGAAUGUCAAGCCUGGUUUAAUGCGAAUGAAGUGGCACGAACCGUGAUGGAUCUUGGACAGCCUCUGCUCAGUAUAGUGGAUGUGGAUGGGUCUGGUUCGACAGUGGAGGAAACAUUCAAUUGUUGGGGACAAGAAAUUUCGAUCGACAGGAAUCAGCUCUGCAUUCGGAAGUUGAAGCACCGCGGUGGGCAAUGGAGAACAUGCUUCAACACUCAACUUGCCAGAAUUUUGGGACAGAUUGCAAGGAGCUGA